CUGCUAAUUAAAUGGCUCUCUGGGGAGAAUAAAUUAAGCGGUAAUUGGCAAAUAAUGAAGGAGGCGCAAAAGCGUCUGCCUUUAUUCUUCGCCCUCCUGGGAGGAGAGUUUUGCUCUUUGCCAGUGCGAUAGUGAGGCGGCGGGCAGAAUAUUCCUGAGCGCUGAGGCGGCGUGGAGUUGACACACUUGGGUCAGAGGGAGGAGGCUGGCGCUUGGAUCGCUUGGUUUAGGGCUGAAGGACACUGGGGGAGGGAGUUCGCUGGGGGAGGGGCGGGAGCCCUGGACGCGGCUGGGCGCGGGGUGCAGCAGCUUCCCCGCACCCCAGGUAAAGGGGUGGAACUGCAAGGCUGCUGUGGAUUGGCUAAGGCAGAGGUGUGCGGCAGCCGCUGAUUGGCCGCGGCGGGGGCGUUUGCUGCUGCGGCUCCGCCCGACAGUUUUUGGCCGCCGUAGGGGUAGACGGCCCGUUUACCAGGCGAGAGCGGAAGAUGGGGUGGGGUGGAGACAAAGGCAAUGUCUGUGGGGGAGAGCGUGUGAUUUGGUUACUGUAGCCUUGGAAGCUUGAAGAACGGUGAUCCAGUGUUGGGUCUGAGAGCAGUGGUGGCCAAAGGGUCUGAGAGCAUGUCCAGAAUUACAGACACAGUGGUCUAACGUCUCCCUCCCUCUCUCUCCCUGUAUGUUUGUGCGUGCUUAUCUAGGCAUUAUAAAGAACAAGUUAACUCACUGUGAAGAAUGAGGAGUCUUUUGUCCCCCACCCAUCAUCCUGUUUCCCCAAAUUCCUGUUCUUUUUCUUUCAUUUCUUUGAACCAAGAGUGUAGCUCUCUUACUUAGGAUGCUUUCAUAUCUGCAGCAAGUCUCCUGCCUCAGUCUUCAGAGGUCUGGGAUUACAAGCGGGUGCCACCAGACCCAGCUUAAAGUGCAUCUUCUCUGUACCCACUGACAUUUACAGUGAAGGUUUCCUCUUAGAACGCUUUGCCCCACAGAGCACAGUUCCUUUGAAGAUGCUUUGUGUGUGUGUGGUUGUGUGUACGGUUAUGUUGUUAGAAAAUCUUUUUAUAACCAGCUGUGGUGGCACACAUCUUUAAUCCCAGUACCCGGGAAGCAGAGGAUCUCCUAGUUCAAUGCCAGCCUGGUCUACAGAGCUAGUUUCAGGAUAGCCAGUGCUACACAGAGAAACCCUGUCUCGAAAAAUAAAAUAAAAUAAGAUAGAAUAAAAUAAAACAAAAUACAUUUUUAUGUGUACAUUUGUAUUGCUUGCACAUAUAUAUGGCCUGUGCAUGGACAGUGGAAUUCAGAAGAGGGCAUAGGAGCCCUUGGAACUGGAGUUGCAGACAGUUGUGAGCUUCGGUGUGGGUACCAGGAACCGAACCCAGUGCUCUGAAAGGGCAACCAGUGUUUUUAACUGUUGAGCCCUCUUUCCAACUCUACAUUUGUUUUGUUUUGAGAAAGGGUCUCACUAUAUAGCCGUUGCCGGCCUCAUUUCAUAGGUCAGGAUGGCUUUGCACUCACAGGAGAUCCUCCUUUCUCCCAAAUGCUGGGAUUAAAGGCAUGUACCACCAUGCCCGGCAACAUCUAACAUCUAUCUAUCUGUCUAUCAAUUUCUUUCUUUCUUUCUUUCUUUCUUUCUUUCUUUCUUUCUUUCUUUCUUUCUUUCUCUCUCUUUCUUUCUCUCUCUCUCUUCCUUCCUUCCUUCUCCUUCCUUCCUUCCUUCCUUCCUUCCUUCCUUUCGUUCUUUCUUUAGGUCUGGAGAUGUUUUCUCGGUGGUUAGGACACUUCCUUAACGUUCCUGAGGCCAAGGGUUCAGUCCCCAAGUACUCUCAAGCAAAACAAUAGCCAAGAUAAAUGCCUGGCUGGGCCUGGGUGUGGCUGGGGAAGAGCAAGGCAGGGUGGAGGCCAGUUGGGAGAAUGAAUGACAGUUCUGGACUGUUCCAGCUCUUCUUCACGGCAGAGCCUGGGUCCCUGAGGUCCUAUCACUCAGAGCCGCCUGGCUGAAGUGAGGCCCGCAGAGAGCAGCCAUCUGCGGGAGGGGGCGUGAGCAGGGCGGGGCCCGAAUGUCUUUCUCCAGGCCGCGCCCCAAGCGGGCACAGUUACCCGCCGCUCGGAUCAUGGCCGCAGCCGUACUAGGGCAGGUCUGGGCCCGAAAACUUCUCCCUGUCCCCUGGGUUCUGUGUGGGCCCAGAAGAUGUGUGUCCUCCAAUUUCAAGGCUGCAGAUCUCCAGGUUCAGGUGACCGGAGAGCCACAGAAGAAGCCAGGCCCUACGCAGCCGCUGCUGUUCGGAAAGACGUUUACAGACCACAUGCUGAUGGUGGAGUGGAACAGGAAGACAGGCUGGGGCCCUCCGAGGAUCCGGCCCUUUCAGCACCUGACGCUGCACCCCGCCUGCUCGGCCCUGCACUAUUCCCUGCAGCUCUUUGAGGGCUUGAAAGCAUACAGAGGCAGGGACCAUCAGGUACGCCUCUUCCGGCCCUGGCUCAACAUGGACAGGAUGCUACGCUCUGCACAGCGCCUCUGCCUGCCAGGCUUUGACAAGCAGGAGCUUCUGGAGUGCAUCCGCCGGCUCAUUGAAGUGGACAAAGACUGGGUUCCUGAUGGCAAUGGAACCAGCCUCUAUGUGCGGCCUGUGCUGAUUGGGAAUGAGCCCUCUCUGGGAGUCGGUGUGGUCACACAAGCCCUUCUCUUCGUCAUCCUUUGCCCUGUGGGCUCCUACUUCCCUGGAGACUCCAUGACACCUGUCUCGCUCCUGGCUGACCCCACCUUCAUCAGAGCCUGGAUGGGAGGGGUUGGUGACUACAAGGUGGGGGGGAACUACGGGCCCACGGUGGCUGUGCAACAAGCAGCCCAGAAGCAGGGCUGCGAGCAAGUCCUCUGGCUGUACGGGCCAGACCACCAGCUCACCGAGGUGGGCACCAUGAACAUCUUUAUCUACUGGACUCAUGAGGACGGGGUGCUGGAGCUGGCAACCCCCCCACUGGAUGGCAUCAUCUUGCCCGGAGUGAUUCGACAAAGCCUGCUGGAUCUGGCCAGGACUUGGGGUGAGUUCCGGGUGGUAGAGCGAAAGGUCACCAUGAAGGAACUGAAGCGGGCGUUGGAGGAGGGCCGGGUGCGAGAGGUCUUCGGGUCAGGCACUGCUUGUCAGGUCUGCCCGGUGCAUCAGAUCCUGUACGAAGGCAAGCAACUCCACAUUCCCACCAUGGAGAACGGGCCGGAGCUCAUCCUGCGCUUCCAGACGGAGUUAAAGGCUAUUCAGUAUGGAGCCCGUGGCCACGAUUGGAUGUUUCCGGUGUGACGCUGUGAGCUGUGCCCUCACUGGUUGGAUCCGCUGGUCAUGCAGUACAGCGUCCGCCCCUCCCAGAGACUCACAAGUGCAAUAGAAAAAGGUCUGACCGGACAGCUGGGGCUCUGGCGCCCUCAUGUGGUCGCUGCACUCCAAAGCCUUAAGGGCGGGACCCAGGCAAUUCCCCGCCCCCCCCCCCCCCCCCCCCCCCGCUUAAAAUUUUGGGUCUCAGGGCUCAGCUGCUCCUUGUCUUGGUGUUCAAGGACGAACCGUGGCCUCGUCUCUAUCUCCGUUCUCAGGCCGGAUCCCCGGUGCUCUCCGCCGUUCAUUUUUUCUCUCUGUAUUUGCUGCAAUUUUGAAAUAAAAUGCCAAAGAACAA